AGGGUACUUUCCCUGCCACCAUCGUGGUCAUGGUAUUUCCCCUAUCAGGUAAGUAUUGUGGGGCAGGUCCCUAAGGGAGCUCCUGGUGCUCUACCCACCCCACUCCUCCCUGCAGACGAGGCCCUUCCUGGGGGUUCUGGAGUGUGGACACCUCACAUAGGAGAGAAUGUUCUCCUGUCUGCCCUGGAAACCCCGGAGACCCCCGUGUCUACAGGCCAGAAGAGCCUCUUGGCUCAGCCGGGCAGCAUCUCAGCGUCAGGGCGGCAGCAGCAACUGGUCCAACCUGCAGAACAAACGUCACAGCUUUCUGGUGCACCAUGGAAGAAGUGAUGAGGACUUUAUCUGGGUCCAAGACCCCUGUCUCUUUGGACAUGUACCAGAGCUCAUACAUGACAGACUACAGACCGUAUGGUGACUACAGGCAGUCCACUGUGCACUCACAGAAAGUGAAAUCGGCAGAAACUCAGCAGGACAUCACAGAGUCUGCAGCACCUCUUGAAUACCAGCCCACAGACAAUACUGUUGGCCAGAGAAGAGGAACCACUGAAGGACCUUGCCUUAAAGCAGCCAAUGGCUCUGGAGACAAAUUGAAGAAGAGUCACGUGGGCAACUCAUGUGGCUCUGAAUCAUUCCAAACAGUCCAAGAUCAGAGGAAGUAUUUUAAUUCAUCCCUUCCUAAUGCAGAAAGCUACCUCCCUAGGUAUAAUCCUCCCACAAAUCACAAGGACAAAUUACGGAGAACACAAACUCCCAGCCCGCUAGAAAAGGUGGCUUUUUAUCCCCAGUCUCCACCAACCGCUGUGCAGCCUUCAAGGAAAGAAGAGCCUCAAGGGCCAGCACUGUGCAAUCAAGAACCAGGUCACAGCUGGGACUCUUACCAGCAAUUUAUCCAGGAGACCUGCAGAGCAAGGCAGCGAACAGCUCAGCAGAACAAGAGCAGGAUUCUGGGCUCUUCCGUUUUCAGGGAAGAGCGCUUCAACAUUGAUAAGAGAAGUACCUAUAGCACUGAUUUCAAAUCCUGGAGUGGAGGCUAUGAUGGGCAAUGUACAGCACAUAGGAAUGUCUCCAACAUUUUAUUUCAAGAUGGCUGCCACAACCAGAACCCCUGGAUUUCAGAAUACAAGGACAACUACAGUGUUUUCUUGCAGAGGCUCAACUGGCCAUCCCACAACUCCAUCUCUGGUCUGUGUUCACCUGUAAAGCCCUUCUCACACCUUUCUCAUGGGCUGUCACCUCAGAAGCCCAUUGCAGUGAACACGGCCUUUUGAACAUUGUUACAGAGUCAGUGCUGCCUUUAAGACUCUGCUCUGAGAGCUCUCCAACAAGCCAGCCAUGAUAUUAUCUGGGAGACCAUCGAUGCCUGGGCAGCCCUUUGUGUUCCACAUUUGUCAUUGCCUUUAUAAGCUUGUUUUGAAGUAAUUCAUACAGAUCUGUCAGUAUUCCCAUGUUUAUUACACCUGAACCACCACACUGGUUUUAAACUCCAGAUGAAGAACAAACUUCAGUUCAGUGAAAUAUAUUCAUCUGAAAAAAUAUUUAGAAAGUUCCCACUGGUUGUGUUAUA